GCCCAGAAAGAGCUGAGUUAAGGACCGGUGCUCUGCAGAGUUAAAACAAAAGCCUAAAAGCCAUGAUGAUAUGAUUUCCUUAUUCUUGAAUUACAUCCAAGGGUACCUAAGCUAUUGUCUUCAUUGACUCCUCUUCAGGCAAAUUCCAAUUUUGUGAAUACAAACUUUUGGGUCUUCAAGAGUGGCUAGCCUGGUCAGCCAUUGCUGUAAACAUCUGUUUUCAGAAUCCCCUAUCCAUGUGUGGCAGAGCAUUAUGUUAUAUUAAAUGGACUGACAUUACAAAUUGCCUUUACCUUCAACCAAUAUAUCCAGACCGUGGGCUGUAAAAUUUCUUCCUAUUCGUCACAAGACCACUGCACUAAUGAUGGCCUGGCAUAAAGUAACCACAAGUGGGAAACCUUUGGAAAGCACUGUGCCGGAGAGCAAUACCGUCUGGGAACCGAUCCGAACUUCCCCGGCCAGUAGAUCUUUUCAAGAGAGUACACUUGGUAAUGCACUGGAGAAGACUGCAGUGGUGCCUGUGCAGAUACAGCUCACUUCUGUUACCUUGAGCCCGGAAAAAAAUGCUGCUCUACCAAUUGAUGACUCUUCUGUGUCAGGAAAAACAUCUCUGAUUUGUACCCAAGAAGUUGAGAAGGUGAAUGAGGCGUUUGACUUUUUGCUAGCUUUUUUCAUCUUAGCUUGUAUUUUAAUCAUUUUUUUGAUCUACAAAGUUAUUCAGUUUAAACAAAAACUAAAGGCACUAGAAGACUCAGUGGAAAAUAGACUUGAGUAUUACAGCUUUUAUCAAUCAGCAAGGUACAAUGUAGCUGCCUCAGUUUGUCACACCUCUCCGGAUUCUCUGGAAAGUCCUGGCUUACAACAGAUUGGACUUGAUAAACAAAUUGUUCCUGAAAAUGGGGCACAAGUUAUUCUCUUUGAACAUUCUGCUUUAUGACUCAAUUAAAUAUUGACUAAAAAAUUCCGUAGUGCCAUGUGGCCUUAAAACUUAAUCCUUCUCAAAGAAUUAUGUUAGGAUUGUUAAAGUGUUUAUUAGUAAUUUGAAUAAAGUGUAUUUGUUCUGCAUAUAUCUUCUUUGAUAUUGUACCAAGAUAAGUAGUCAGCUUUCUGGGUAUUGAACAUCAUGUUAAAUAUGUCACAAAUUAUGUUUAUUUCUAAUGUCUUUGUAAGGUUGUCCUAUCUAUAUUAAAUUACACAGAAGGAAAAA